CACUCAAAGCCACAGGAGGUGUGGUUUUUGCCAAGUCUGCAAGAGCAUAUGUCAACCAAGCAGGCUGAGCAGUGCAACACAGUUUGUCACCUCACUCCUCGUUGUUUUUGAAGUUGAUAGUUUACUUUGCCUUUCUUUAUUAAAAUGGACAGUGCUUUUGAUAACCUGGAUGCAGCUGGUUUCCUGGAAAUCUGGCAACACUUCGAUGCAGAUGAUAAUGGCUACAUUGAAGGCAAAGAGCUUGACGACUUUUUCCGUCACAUGAUGAAGAGACUGGGUCCACAGGAGAAAGUGACAGAUGAAAGAGUUCAGAGGCUGAAGCAAAGAUUUAUGUCCGCCUAUGAUGUCACUGCUGAUGGGAAACUACAGAUUCAGGAGCUGGCCAAUAUGAUCCUCCCUGAAGAUGAGAACUUCCUGUUAAUUUUCCGCAGAGAGGCUCCUCUGGACAACAGUGUUGACUUCAUGAAGAUAUGGAGGAAGUACGAUGUUGACUGCAGCGGCUACAUUUCAGCCCGGGAGCUCAAGGCUUUCCUGAAAGACCUGUUCCAACAGCAUCACAAGGAUGUGUCAUCUGAUAAACUGGAUGAUUACACAGACACAAUGAUGAAAAUCUUUGACAAAAACAAGGAUGGCUGUUUGGAUUUGAACGACUUGGCCAGGAUCUUGGCUUUAGAGGAGAACUUCCUGCUCCAGUUCAAUAUGGAUGCCUGCAGCAAAGAGGAGAGAAAGAGAGACUUUGACAAAAUCUUUGACCAUUAUGAUGUUAGUAAGACCGGAGCACUGGAGGGUCCUGAGGUGGACGGCUUUGUCAAAGACAUGAUGGGGCUGGUCAGGCCCAACCUCACCAGUGCUGAGCUGGACAAGCUGCGAGCCAUUCUGCUGCGUCACUGUGAUGUCAACAAGGACGGAAAGAUCCAGAAAAACGAGCUUUCUCUGUGUCUGGGAGUCAAACCUAAGCUUAGUUAAGAACGCUGUGUAAUGAAACACUUGAUAACAAUGAUAACAUGCUGUGUUUUGAUCCAGAUCAGUCUAAUUACUGGGUUAUGUGAGGUCAAUAUUCAUAAAGAGUUAUUUGAUCCUGAAAAUGAUAGAAACACAGUGUAAUGAAAAGUUAAUUCACUGCAGAUCUUGACUAGAUAUGGCAGUGUUUCUAAUGCAUGUAGGCUAAUAGAAAAGAAUGAGAUGUGGAUGUUGUUUUGGCUAAAAUGACUGUCUGUGCUGUAAGAUUUGUGGUAUAUUAAUCCAU